AUGUCAACCCGUAGGCUUUUCCCCAUCGGAAUCGGCACCGAUAUUUGCCAUAUUCCCAGGAUGUACAAAAACCUGGUGGCCGACACCGCCCUCAGAUUCGUCAACCGCAUCCUCAGCCCCGAAGAGCUCAAAGACCCCGUGGCCUCGCGGGUUCUCAAUUGUGUCUUUACGCCGUAUGAAAGCCUACAGAAGCUGCCCUCCCCGAAUACCAAUAUCCGGCACAGAGACCCGACAUUCUGGAAGGCCGCUGAAUUCAUUGCUGGAAGAUUCGCGGCCAAAGAAGCUAUCAUCAAAGCUUUUCCCAUCAGGAAGCUUCGUUUUCAUGAUAUUAUAAUUGCGAGGGAGAACAGCUUCGCCGCAUCUUCCGGCCAGCCUUUUGAGGAGGAUGCGCCCGCCGACUCUCCCAUACUCCAGAAGAUCAAGGUCCCUGCGGGGGAAUCUGAUUCGGGGGCACAUUUGCACUUGACUGGCCGGCCGGUGGCUAUUAUAAAGGGCGUCGAUGGUCAGGCAGACGCACACACGCCCGUUAGCAUCAGCCAUGACGGAGACUACACCGUUGCCACGUGUCUGGUCUUUUUCGAGGGCGCAAGUUCUACGCCAGAACAAGACCCGGCUUAA